UUGAUACGGAACAGAACAACAAUUGAAUGUCGAAAUGUCUAGGUUUUGCCCAAAUCAGGAGCGAACCUUCGGCUCCUGGGAAAAUAUGAAGGCCGAGCGGGACAUCGAAACGAUAAUAAUAGACGAUGAUGAUCUGGACAAAUCUCUUUGGCAUCGACGGUUGAAGUCCGAAUCCCCAUAUGAUAUGAAUGACAAUAAGGGAUGGUUAACGCCAAUUGACCAGGCUCAUUACACAGAUCAAAAACCAGCAAUCCAUCAGGCAGUCAAGCCGAAGACCAAGAAGGCAAGGAAGAAGGCAAGGAAGAAGGCACGUGUGGCUCGCUUUAAACUGGCUAAAAUUGCCAAGAAAGAGGCGAAGGGCCAGGAGGAGCUGGAUGAGUUCCAAAAGAACAAAAUGAGGAACCCGCUGGCCUUCCUGCCCAAACGAUCGGCCCAUGAGGUGACCAAGGACAACCUGGUGAUGGCUUUGGUGGACGAGCUGCACGAGGAUGGCCAGCUGCUCCAUCAAAAGUGGCAGGAGAUCGAGACCAGGCUGGCGAAUAUGGUGACCGACCGACUGAUGGCCGUUCCCGAGGGUCCCAUCCCGUCCUUCGACUCGUCCGAUGUGAUCCGUGGCCACCGGGUGAUAAGAUGCGACGACGGCUUCUCGAAGAUCUUCCUCGCCGAGUGCGUGGCCACGAUUGGCGACACCUGGGAUGGCUUACGGAUCAGGCUCGUCCACGUCAGCGAGAUUCCCUGGAGGCCAAGGGCCCGCAUCUGGUUGCCCAAGGGGCAAAAGGAUCACAGCCGGAUCUUAAGCUGCCUGAGAGCCCAGAAUCUCGACGUGGACAUGUCGGACUGGUCGAUUCUCAGGGCCGAGGAGGACAUGAGCGCCAGUCAGCCCUUCUUGUUGCUCAUCAACAGGCGCUGUCUUCCGCAACUGGAGGCCGCCGGUUACAAGGUUCGUUACGGCAUUCGAAUGGCCAAGCUCAAGGUCCUUUUCGUCGAGACAGAUGAGCUGGCAGUGGAGGACGAGGAUAUCAAGUACUGGAGACAAGAAGACGACAUCCCACACUCCAGCACAUAUCGCCGUUCUUACUGAGAGCAAAAUGAUAGAUUAGCGGUUAGAAAGCCUCAGGAUAAAACCCAAGUUCAAUAUUAUAACCGACAAUGAUAUAUAUAGCCUAAGAGCAGGAGUAAU